UUUGAUGAGUACUCGCUGCUGAUUUCACUCAGCACUGCUCCUCGCUGCUGCCGCCGCCGCCGCUGCUGCUUCUGCCGCCGCUGCCGCUUUUACGCACCGACGCUUAUUUUGGAUUUGCUCGGCAGCACCGCUGGAGAAAAACAGAGAGAGACGACAAGAAGCAAGAACAGCGAGGUGGAUCCGUGGAUGCGCCCCUUUGGCUCACGCUGGAGAUGGAAACGCUGAUAUUGUUAUUUCAUUCCCUGUGGAUAUUGCAAUGCAACACAGUGAGCGCCGACUCCAUCAUUCACAUCGGUGCGAUAUUUGAGGUGAACGCAGUGCGGGACGAUGAGGUGUUCCAGCUCGCCGUGUCUGACCUCAGUCUGAAUGACGACAUUCUGCAGAGUGAGAAGAUCACACACUCGAUUAAACUCAUCGAGCCCAACAACCCUUUCCAGGCGGUGCAGGAAGCCUGUGAGCUGAUGAACCAGGGCAUCCUGGCGUUGGUGACAUCUACUGGCUGCGCCUCAGCGAGCGCCCUGCAGUCCCUGACGGACGCCAUGCACAUCCCACACCUGUACAUCCAGAGGAACAGCGAAGGAUCUCCUCGCACUGCCUGCCAGUUCAACCCGAGCCCCGGCGGGCAGCGCUACACGCUGGCCGCCCGGCCGCCCGUACGCCUCAAUGACGUCAUGCUGACGCUGGUGGAGGAGCUGCGCUGGCAGAAGUUUAUAGUGUUUUAUGACAUCGAGUACGAUAUCCGCGGUCUGCAGGGUUUCCUCGACCAGACGUCCCGCCAGGGUGUCGACGUGGCGUUGCAGAGAGUGGACAGGAACAUCAGUAAAAUCUUCACCAACCUCUUCACCACCAUGAGGACCGAGGAGCUCAAUCGGUACAGAGACACACUGAGGAGAGCCAUCCUGCUGCUCAGCCCACACGGAGCGCACACAUUUAUCCAGCAGGCAGUGGAAACAAAUCUGGCCUCCAAAGACAGUCACUGGGUGUUCGUCAACGAGGAAAUCAGCGACACAGAGAUCCUGGAGCUUACCCACAGUGCACUGGGGCGCAUGACGGUGAUCCGGCAGAUAUUUCCCUUGUUGAAGGACAGCAGCACCCGCUGCAUGAGGCAGAACCACCGGAUCUCCUCGCUGCUGUGUGACCCGCAGGAAGGACACCUGCAGAACCUGGAGGUGUCCAACCUGUACCUGUACGACAGCGUGCUGAUGCUUGCCAACGCCUUCUACAGGAAGCUGGAGGACAGGAAGUGGCACAGCAUGGCCAGCCUAAACUGCAUCAAGAAGUCCACCAAGCCCUGGAACGGAGGCUGGUCCAUGCUGGAGACCAUCCAGAAGGGAAAUAUCACAGGUCUGACAGGUACGAUGGACUUUAAGGACAACGGCUCCAACUCCCACGUCCAGUUUGAGAUCCUCGGCUCGAGCUUCAGCGAGACCUUUGGCAAGGACAUCAAGAGGCUCGCCACGUGGGACUCGGUUCACGGCCUGAACGGCAGCCUGAAGGAGAGCCGGAUAGAGAACGGCAUGCAGGGAGUCACGGUCAAAGUGGUCACAUUACUGGAGGAUCCUUUUGUCAUGGUGGCGGAGAACAUCCUCGGGCAGCCGAAGAGAUAUAAAGGCUUCUCCAUCGACGUCCUGGACGCCCUCGCCAAGAUCCUGGGCUUCAAAUACGAGAUCUACCAGGUAGCGGACAGUAAAUAUGGAAGUCGGCUUCCCAACGGCUCGUGGAACGGCAUGAUUGGUGAUCUAAUCAACAAGAGAGCGGACCUGGCGGUGUCCGCCAUCACCAUCACGCCAGAGCGAGAGAACGUGGUCGAUUUCAGCAAGCGCUACCUCGACUACAGCGUCGGUAUCCUGCUCCGAAAGCCCGAAGAGAAGAUCAACAUCUUCUCUCUGUUCGCGCCCUUCGACCUCGCUGUCUGGGCCUGCAUCGCCGCCGCAAUCCCCGUGGUGGGAGUGCUCAUAUUCCUCCUCAACAGACUGCAGGCGCUGCGCUCCUCGUCCCAGAAUGCACCUCCCGGUCAGCCGGCUAACGGAGCAGGGUCGGGCACCCUGCACAGCGCCAUCUGGAUCGUUUACGGAGCGUUCGUGCAGCAAGGUGGGGACGGUGUGGUGGGCUCGGUCGCUCUGAGGAUCGUCAUGGGCAGCUGGUGGCUCUUCACGCUCAUAGUUUGUUCAUCAUACACCGCCAACCUGGCGGCGUACCUCACCGUGUCACGCAUGGAUCACGCUAUACGGUCUUUCCAGGACCUGGCGAGGCAGAUCGACGUGGACUACGGCACGGUGAGGGACUCUGCGGUCUACGACUACUUCAGAAACAAAGGCACCAACCCUCUGGAGCAGGACAGCACCUACUCAGAGCUGUGGAGGACCAUCAGCAAGAACAACGGCAUGGAUUACUCUGUGUCCAGCCCGUCAGAGGGAAUACGCAAGGCAAAGAAGGGUCCGUACGCCUUCCUGUGGGACAUGGCGGUGCUGGAGUACGCGGCCCUGACGGAUGACGACUGCACCGUCACCGUGUCGGGAAGCAGCAUGAGCAGUAAAGGCUACGGCAUCGCCAUGCAGCACGGCAGCCCCUACAGGGACCUCUUCUCACAGAAGAUCUUGGAGCUGCAGGAGAAAGGCGACCUGGACAUCAUGAAGCAGAAGUGGUGGCCCCGUGCCGGCCGCUGCGACCUCAGCAGCCACGCCAGCGCCCACCCCGACGGCCGCUCCCUCAAGCUGCACAGCUUUGCCGGCAUCUUCUGCAUCUUGGCCGCGGGCCUGCUGCUGGCCUGCCUGGUGGCUGGGCUGGAGGCUUGGUGGAACAGCAACCACUGCCGCCAGGAGCAGCCCAAAGAGGACAAGGAGGUGAAUCUGGAACAGGUGCAUCGUCGUAUGAACAGUCUUUUGGACGAGGACUUGGCCCACAAGCAGAUCCCCGGCCCCUCUAUCGAGAUCUCUGCGCUGGACAUCGGCAGCAUGCAGCCCAGCCAGGCCUCUCUGGUCCCGGGCCCGGAGUCCAGGCGGGACUACCCGCCCUCGGGCCUCGCUGUGACCACCUUCCUCCCCGGGGAGGGGGCACCACCUCCUCCUCUUCCCCACCCUCACCAUGGGGGGACCCUAGGCAGGACGCUACCCCCAUCCCAGGGCCCUGGCAGCAGCACGUUGCCCCCACACCACCCGCUCAGCAGCACCAGCCUCAGCGGCACCAUGCAGUGCAAACACAGGGCGCCCAACGGGGGGCUCUUCCGGCAGAGCCCUGGCAAGACACCCAUGCCAAUGUCCUACCAGGCAGUCUCCGCAGGACCCAUACCCGAAGCCAUUGAGGCCACCCACAGUACAUCGAUAUAAGAUCGGAGGGGUAAAGGGGGCGUUGGGGGGGUGGGAGGGAGGUUGCUCUCUGGACUUGGGUCCAGGUUCGGAUGCGAGGCAGGUUGGGGAACUAUAGAGGAAAAAAACAUAUAUGUACAAAGUAAAAAGAUUUUGUAUCUCACUAUCUGUUCAGAAACACACACGAAAAAUCUAACAAAAAACAACAAAAAGCGGGCGGGCGGGCUGGAGGGUGUAAUUUUUCUCGUGUACAUAUCUGUAAAUACCAAGAGAACGAAGUGAGGUUAAAGUGUAUUUUGAAUAUUCUCAAUUUUUGAAGUUGAGUUAUAAAAACAAACAAAAUGAGAUAAAAAAAAUAUAUAUAAACAUUGAUGAAAAAGUUAUGACUGUUUGAAUGGCUUUGUAAAUUUUGUUCAUUUAAAACAAUGACGCGAAAUUCAUUGUGAUUGUUUUCUAAGUGCCGAAAUUAAACGAUGUCUCUCCACAACUCAUUGAUGUAAACGACUACCCAUGAUGCACCGCUGUAGGGACAUUUUUAGUGUUGGACACCUACUGUUAUGCACCUCUGUACCAACCCUAUAUAUAUCUUCAGCAUCGGACAAAAAAAAAAAUCACUCUUUGUUUUUUUCCCCAUUUGUAUUAAAUAUAUAAUAUACAUAGUUUUUUCCAAGCAAAAGUCUACAUUCUUUUCUUACGUUGACUGUAAAUGGUGUUCAUUCAAACACUGCGGGGAAACAAGUGGGUUUUUAUUGGGUUCAUAUUUUACACACAGCUCAAUGGUUUGUUUUUAUAGCGAGUUUUUAUUUGGCGUCAGUACUGUCCAGGUGAGAGUCUCAGUUUGUGACGAGCAAAGAAGAGUACGUACGGCUGCGAGCGCACCGACCGCUGUCUUUAGGUCAAACGAUGAUGCAGUCAUGCAAGCCUGGCCUCUUUGUGGAACAUGACAGGGUGUAGAACCGCGGUUCCCUACCCACGCGGUACAGGUCUUAUUCUUAAAGUCAAAUAUCAUAUUUUUGAACUUUAAAUGCAGUCGCGCAUUCGACGUGAUGAAAUCUCCCAACUGUUUCUGUAGUCCCGUUUAACCACUUAUUACAAAAACCUUUUCUGGGUCACAUUAAAGCUUCAAAAUGAAGAGAAUUACUUCUGUAUUUUAAGCUAUGGAAAAAAAUGGACAUGUUUAGGGUUGCAUGAACCACAGAGCUUUAGACAUCAAACAGAAACCAACCCGACUUCGAGAUGAGGAAAUCAGGAACACAAAAACACUUGUUCUGGGUUUCAGGUCUGAGAGAUGCUUGCACCUUUUAAAUGAUGAAUAGUUUUAGAGUACGUCUUCUUCAUCGCGCCGCCAGCAAACAAGUAAAAAUCAGUUACUGUCCUUUUCUAUGAAACUCUGUCCAGAUGCUUUUAGACUAAUGAAAAGUUGGCACCAAUUUAAAACAAGUACUGGUAUUCUUCCCAACUCUGAGACAGACCCU